CUCUAUCUAUAGGUAUCACAUAAUUACAAAAGUUAGUCAAACUCACCACUAAGAAUAUAUCACUAAUGCAUGGACCUUUACGGAACUGGAAACCACUUUAUAUAGCUUCAAUUAUUUGAUGUAUAAAGGAAGUAUCAAGAAAAUCUGUAAGAAAUAUGUCGAUCUCUGAAAACACCUGAAAAAGUUAUGUCAGCCAUGUGAACAGAGCAGCAUGCAUUAAUAAAAUUCUGUGUUGACCUGGGAAAAACGCUGAUAGUGAUGAAAAAAUGAUGUAAGUAAUAGGGAACAAUCCAAAACGUUGAUUUACAAGUGGGCUAAAUGGUUUUCAUUGUUUUCCAAUGACAUGUUUGAUUUGGGAGAUGCCGCAAAAAGUGGAAGAACAUUAUAUGUAUUAUCGUAUCUUCAAUUAGAAUGAACAAAUUUUAUUGGCAGAUGAGUAAACAUUAAAAAAGAAUAAUGACUUGAUUUUGUGCCAUGUGAUAAGUAAUCACCAGCAAGGUUGCAUGUGCAUGAAGUAUUGACCAGUCAUCAAUAUUAUUGACCGCGUUUCUUUACCCGCAUGAAAUUCAAAAUUGGUGGAACACUAUUGCAUAAUUUUUGUUAUCAGUUUAAGAAAUAAUGAUUACAUUUUCAUUCAUGUUGUAGGAUAACCUCCGAGACCAAAAAAUGUUUUUAAAUAUUUUUUUUAUAUUUCAAACAACAUUUCGAGAUCAAGGAGGUUAUCAUGCAACAUACACGAAAACAAGAACUUUAUUUCUAUUCUACUACGGCUCAGAAAUAUAUAGCAGAUCGUUUUCCUAUGUAUAACUACGAAUUAGGUCACUGUGAUGUCAUGGCAGUUUUCGAAAUGGGCUACCUUGCUUUUUGCUGACAAAAAGGAGUGUUUGGACUACUAUAUGGACAUUCAAAGGAUGUACAACAACGAUCUUCCUUUCUCAUUGGCUCACACUGGAGUGUGCUUCAGACAGUCUGAAAAUGAAUCUCAUAACUUCCUGUUUGAUGCCAGAGAACUGACCAAUCUUGUAACCUUCAAUUUCUGUAGAACACAGUCCUCUGUUCAACAGUUUGACCAGUUAGUCACUUCACGUUUGAUGUGGUGGCGUAAGUUUGCAGAAAAUCCAUCCAGUUUUACAGAGAGUGUGUCAAAAGAGGAGGACAACAGUAUACACAUACAGUAUGAAUUUCCAUGGGGACGAGACUCAGUGGAGAUUAUUAGGAAUCAUGGGAGUAAUUUUCUGGAAUCAUGUAAUCCAGAUCUAAAAGAACAAAUAUCAUCAAACCCACAUCAAAAACACUAUAAUGGAAAUGGCAGUUUCCUGCCAUCAGUGAUUGAAUGCAAUAUGUUUCUGGAGGGAGGUAUGCUGGCAUACCUUUUAGAUGCCUACACUGAGAAAAAGACAUUCUCCCUGGACAGUGGGUCUGGUGAUGAAAGCAAGGCGACUAGAACAGUACUCCAGCUUCACCCUGCGUUUGCUCCGUACAAUGUUUCCAUAGCUGUGACAGAAAACGGUGAUCCAACCUUAAGAUUGGUCAUAAAACACAUCACCAAGGAGAUCCACGAUGCCAAUAUUUUGUCUCUAGAUGUUAGCUCCAAUGCAAACCCUUUAGAGAAUCAGUUUGUGAGGAAUGAUGAGCUAGGGAUACCUUUCAGUGUGGUGAUAGAUAAAAGCACAAUCGACAUGGCUUGUAUUGGAGUGAGGCAUCGAGACAGCACACUGAAGGAGAAAAUUCAUAUUACUGAAAUAAAGGAUUACAUAAAGAGACAGAUCCAGUCCCAGUAAAAUUAACUAGAAAAAUCAAGUGCUUUAGAACUGUAGAAUUAUUUUAUGAAUGAAGUCUCUUGAAAAAGAGGGUUCAACAAGAUGUACAUCAUUUUUGUAUUUUGAGGGCGCAUCUAUAAGAAAGAUUGUUGAUAAAGAUAUAAAAAACAAACUUUAUGCUUGAAAUAUGUUUUCAUAUUUUGUUGGUCCCUGUACUUCUACACACUGUAUCCACAACUGUUUUCUUAUCAUUAAAACUGUUGUUAUUGUU